UUAAACAUAUUUUCCUCCAAAUGCCACAAACUCACUCUUCCUUUCUUUUCCCUCUCCGUUUUUCAAUUUCACUCCGCCGCCGCCGCCGCCGUCCCUUCAAUAAACAGCAACUCUCUCUACAGAUUUCCUUGUCAACGCGUUCAAAAUUUUGAAAAAAAGAUCUUAUAAAACCACUCCAAUUCUUCAUCGACCAUAUCAUUAUAUUCUUCAAAAACUAUUUCUCUGAAUUUCGUUUUAAAAAUGUCUCGUCGGAGUUUUUUAGUUGUGGUUAGUGUUAUUGCGGCGGUCUUAGUGGCAGAGGUUACAGCGGCGGAAACUACAGCGGUUUUGAUAACUGUGGAUCAAUCGGGGAAGGGGAAUUUUACGAAGAUUCAACAGGCGAUUGAUGCAGUGCCGGAAAAUAAUAGGGAGGAAGUGUUUAUUGUGGUGAAGGCAGGGAUUUAUAGAGAGAAGGUGGUGGUUCCGGCGAAUAAACCGUUCAUUACUAUAAGUGGAAGAAGAGCGGCGGAUACGAUCAUCAGUUGGAAUGAUAGCAAAAAUACUUAUAAUUCAGCAACUCUUGCAGUUUUGGCCUCUGAUUUCGUUGGACGAUACCUCACAAUUCAGAAUGAAUACGGGGCGGGUGCACAAGCAGUUGCCUUACGAGUAUCUGGAGAUAGAGUAUCAUUUACUGCAUGUCGAUUUUUAGGCCAUCAAGACACUCUUCUAGAUGACAUUGGCCGCCAUUACUACAAAAGCUGUUACAUCCAAGGAGCCACCGAUUUCAUUUGUGGAAACGCAGCUUCAUUGUUCGAGAAUUGUCAUCUACGUUCAGUUUCGGACGACGUCGGGACCAUCACAGCCCAACGGAGAGAAUCGCCGUCGGAGAAUACAGGGUUCGUAUUCCUGGGGUGUAAGAUCACCGGAAUAAACUCGGCGGUUUUAGGAAGACCGUGGGGAGCAUUCUCUAGAGUCGUGUUUGGAUUCACUUUCAUGUCCGACGUUAUUCUCCCCGAGGGUUGGGAUAAUUGGCAAGACCCAUCCAAACAAAGUACGGUUUACUAUGGGCAAUACAAAUGUUAUGGAAAAGGAGCAAAUCCUUCGAGAAGGGUAUCGUGGUCGUUUACCAACAUGACUGCCCAAGAUGCUGCACCAUUUUUCACCAAAUCCUUCAUUGGUGCUGCUGAUUGGCUGAGGCCAUUGCCAAAACAUUUCAAGAGAGCCUUCUCUUCACGCUCACACCCCUAAUUACAAUAAUUAAAUUACCCUCUUUUAUGUACAAACAUUCUUUAUUAUUUUCCUCAUAUGUAUCUAAACACUAAUAAAUUAUCGGUUAAUAAUAUUAAUUUCAUGAUUCUUUUCUGUACAUUUACUCUAACAAAGGGUUGGAAAUGUAACUUUGCUUUCUUUCUAACUGAUUGGUAUUUGUUAUCCGAGCGAUGGGUUGAAAAUACGACCUCAACCAAUGAUUAGAGGUCGACUCA